AUGAGGUGCCCUCCGGAUGAGCUGAUUGCAUGGAAACGAGAGUUUUUGCGUGAGCCAGCUCACACACUUCCCCCUCUUGCUCGAUUUUUGACUCCCUUUUAUCAAGCUUCGGGUGAUUUGAACGAGUUGGUGCCCAUCAAUUAUGAGGACUUGAAGCAGAGAAUCCAACAGUCCCUUCCAGCGCACAACGCAUCGGCUGAUUUGUACAUGGAGAUGCUGGAUGCAGAAGAGACGCUCGUCUGA